AGAAAAUCGCGUUAUGAAAAUUGUCCUUAGAGUUAUAUAAAGAGAGACAACUCUUCAUUGACAAAUUUCUUAUUUCAAUAAAAAUCACGUAGUACGUGGAUUGUUAUUACAUUUCUUGUAAUACAGCGCCAUCUUGCCUCGUAACUUCUAAUUCGUCAGUGCCUGUGAAUGGACUUGUCAUAAGAGUUUUAUGUUAUUUUGUUUCUUAUUUCCGUUGAAAUUAGUGCAUUAAAUUUCCAGUAUAUAUUACGUGCAGUAUUACAAAGUCACGCCCGAGCAUGAGAAAGCAUAGAUAGUUUCGAAAUUGACAUAUCACGCAUUUUCAUGGAUUAGUCUUGCACCUAAGCCAGUUUUAAUAACACGGCUUUUUUAAAGGAGAAUUUGAAUCCUCCACUAUAUCAACUCUAGGAUUUUAUUGUGAUUCGAAAAGUGUUUGGGAGUUUUCUAUAUUUGUGGACAAGAACUAGCUUCAUCAACGACCCCAGCCAUAUUUCAUAUGCCAACAAUGGCUAUGCAGAAGAUGAGAAGACAAGGUCAAGACGUCAUGCAGGUGAAUUUGGCAGGUAUCAGGCGAGAUAUUGUUAAUCUUGCCCAUAACUAUAGCAAUGCUCAGAAAGCUGUACGUAAAGCCACCAGUAACGAUCCUUGGGGUCCAAGUAGUACUCUUAUGGCAGAAAUUGCAGAUUUAACAUAUAAUGUUGUGGCUUUUACUGAGAUUAUGCAAAUGUUAUGGAAAAGAUUAAAUGAUCAUGGUAAAAAUUGGCGACAUGUGUACAAAGCUUUAGUUCUUUUAGAAUAUCUUAUUAAAACAGGCACAGAAAAAGUUGCACAGCAAUGUAAAGAAAAUAUUUUUGCCAUCCAAACAUUGAAAGAUUUCCAAUACAUGGAAGGAUCUAAGGAUCAAGGAGUGAAUGUAAGAGAAAAAGCAAAACAACUAGUGGCCUUAUUAAAAGAUGAUGAAAGAUUAAGAAAUGAAAGAGCUAGAGCAUUGAAAGCAAAAGAAAGAUUUGCACAAUCAGUUAGUGGAUUUGGUAGUGAUGGUUUAGAUACUAUGUCACCUGUAAGCAGCGAUUUUCAGGAUUGGGAGCCAUGUCGCCUGGGAUCUGAAACUACAACUAGACGUAAGACUGAAUUAGAAGCUGCAAGACCACAAACGGUAGGUGAAGAAGAAUUACAGUUACAAUUAGCUUUGGCAAUGUCGAGAGAGGAAGCAGAGCAAGAAGAACAAAGAAGACGUAGUGAUGACGUCAGAUUGCAAUUAGCUCUUAGUCAAAGUCAGCAAGAUUUUAAAGCGCCGCAAACUGAGAAACAAAGUCAUAUGCUAGAUUUGUUGGAUGUAAACUUAGAAGAAGCAUGUGGAUACAAUGUAAAAACCGACCCUUGGGGUAUACCAAUUACACCACCUCCGCCAAGACCUCAAUCUUUGGAUAUAUCUCAAUUCUAUCCAUAUAAGCCACAAAACGAUCCGUGGAGCGUUCCUACAACAAGCAGUACAUCACCUGCGAUAGAUCCAUGGGCUCCCAUUCCAUCGCAAAAACCAACUGCUACAGUUGAUUCCUGGCGGGCACCUCCAUCAUCACCUGUAACAGUUACAACUUCGCCUAGUACAGAUCCUUGGUCACCAAUACCUUCUGCUACUACUACUGCUACUGAAGCGGAUACAAAUAAAAAGCCGGCUACCCGAGAAGGUAUGACAUCUGCAUCUCCAUCUUUUAACAAUCCUACCUUAACGCAAAACAUUGGUUUUGCGGCACAAUCGCCACAAAACUUGGGCUUUAAUCUGCCUACAACUUCAACAGCUACAUUCAAUACAACUAAUAACGACUUUAACGGUACUGGCCCUAGUCUUAACAACUUUUCCAUCGGAAAUCAGACCAGUUCUGCAGCCAGUCCACUGAGCGAUUUAGAUGAAUUUGAUGUAAUUACUAACAGGAAUAAACCUGGAUCUAGUCUGCAAACUGCGAAUAACGUAAGUACGCUAUCACCAGAUCCGUUUGAUUUGGGGAGCAUAGCAGAAACUCUUCCCACUAGUACAGGAGCUGUUAAAAAAACACCACAAUCAUUUCUCGGAGAGAACUCUGCUCUCGUUAAUCUUGAUAAUCUUGUCAGUACCUCCGCGAUCAAAUCAGCAACGCCUACUCCUGCAGCAACGAUGUCAUACUCAGCAAAUCCGUUUGCGACGGCAACACCACCACCCCGUCCUACAAUUAAUCAGAUUCGACAAGAUCCUUGGGCAGCGAAUACAACUACUACAGCGAAUCCGUUCCUUUCGUAGCUUGGUGACUAUUGUUGAAGGUGUCAGUCGAAAAUCAAGAGCACUGUGGUCUAAAAAGUAUUCGACAUUUUUAGCGCUAACCCUGUACGGUAUAAGUAUCUCGGCACGUCAUGAAGUAGCUUUAUUCCAAGAUACAAAUAACAAAGGGAUAACAAAGUGUCGAAUCGGUAACAAGAAAAGGAUUGAAAAAGGUGCGCUGAUAUAAUCUGGUUAAUCUAUUUGGACCGAUAAUAAAUAAUGCAAUAGAUAACUAUGUCUUUAAAGACACAACUAACAUUAAUAUUUAUUUCCGUAUGAUUAAUGAAAAAUCUAUAAAACAUUUCUCUACAUAUUUUUCUUUACUGUACAAAAAUGUUCGUAUCUGCUAUAAUUCUAUUAUUUGUAUUUUAUUGCAUACUAACGACGGAGGAACUAUCUAUAACCAGAAGGUAACAUAUAAUAAAUGAAAUAAAAGUUACAAGACAGAUUAUACUUCAAUUUCGGACAUUUAAGCGCUCCCAAGGUACAAGAAAUUUUAUAAGAACUUUUUCCAUUUGUAGUAUAUUUUUUUAAGUGCAAUUCAAAUUGGUCAUAGGAAAUCAUUGAACAAGAUUUUCAUUGUGCUGUAGACUAUAAAGUAACAUUGAUAUCACGAUCAUUUCCUUUAUUUUGUAUUUAUAUACAUGCUUUUCUACAGCUAACGAGAUCGUGAGACUGUAUCGUGAUUUACAGAAGUAUAUUAUAUCGAACAGGGUUUUUCAAUUUGUGUUAUACGCUUAAUGUGACGUGCAUUGAUUGUGAUUCGUAAAAAUAUUGGUGUCAUAGCAUGCCUUUUCUGACUAAUACUCAUCUUGCAGAAAGAGAGUGUGUGCUAGUAAACAAAUCUUUUGCUAAUUGAUUACUUGGUUUGAUAACAUCUUGGGUUAUUUCCAGGUGAGAUGAUUGUGCAGUUUUAUGGUUGCAAAAUUAAUCAUAUCAUCUAAUAUCGUUAAAAUAGAUACGUAUGUACAAUUUAGUUAUGAAAUUUUACGCAUUUGGUUUGAUCGAUUACCGAAGAUAUUUUCAUAGGCUUUAUGUGCACUGCAGAAAGCUAACCACAACUAAAAAAGAGAGCGUAGCUAAAAAAAUGCAUUUCCUAUUAAUGAUAAAUCGGUGCAUUUUAAUGUUUUACGGGGAUGUAUUACGAACGUGUAAACUUAUGUUGGUUUCUAUAGGUAUUUUAGAAAUUUUUGAAAGAAAUUGUCUUACGCGGUGUCUUUAUUCAUUCGACUGUCGAAUUUAAUGAAGCAACAUGGUCUGAUAAUGAAGAAGUGCAUUAACUUUCUUUGUACGCAAAACAAUUUACAAUUGUACCUUGAUUUAUAUAAAGAAAAAGAUUGUAAAUAUGUUAUAGCAUAUCGUUCCCCAAUUGUCAAGUCUUUCCCUUCAACGUGUAGGAUAUUCUAAACAAAAUCUAAAACUGCUUUCUUACAUGUUACUUUUUAAUCUUUGAGGAAAUUGUUGCUGAGUUUGUCAUUUUAUAUAAUGUGAAUGUUUUUCACAUGUUUUAUGACUAUCACUGUGACCCCAUGAAAAAUACGAAUUACUUUGCUAAGAAAAUAAUUAAUAAUCAAUACAUAUUUAUUAAUAACUUUUAAAAGAGCAACCUUGCUGAUAGUCUUAAUGUCAACUCAGCAUUUCCUUUUUAAAGAUAUCCAUGCAUUUUACAAUUUUAUACAAAGAAACAGUUUCGUACAUUUAAUGAUUGGCAAAGGGGAACUAUAUUUGUCUGCUUGUCCUAAGUAAAUUAGAAAUGAGCUGCAAGGUUAAAAUUUUGUUAAGUAAUUAUUGCUUAAAUAAUUCCAUUGUAUUAUUCUUUGAUAAAUUAAUUUUCUUUCAUUAUGCAUUUUCAAUGUACUUGCUUAUAUGAUUGAAAUUGUAUAUUUAAUACAUAUUUAUCCGGAUGUUCGCGAAACGAUGAAGUUAGAAUUAUAUAAUAGCAUUUAAACUCACUUAA